AAACGUAACACGCGCAGUCCAUGCAUCCAUACGAAUUACUAUACGUAACUCAGUCAGAGCUGUCACAGCUCACAACUCCUAUAACUAAACUCCCGAGAAUUGCGCGGGUUGCGUCUCUUUCAAACCUAAUCCAACUCCUCUUUUUCUCAUCUGGGUUCCUUCUCCUUCCACGCCAAGUCUCGUUCCCGGGCUGCAAUCUGCAAAAAUUUUCAAACUUUAACCCUCGCUGCUCAAAACCCUUUGGUCUUUUCAACAAAAUCGAAUUCAGUUUUUGCGUGUUAGAUGAAUGUGAUGAAAAGAGGACGACCAUGAAAUUUGGAGAAACUUUUACGGAGUACUUGCAUGGAGAUCGAGAGGGUUUUUUGGAGAAAUGUUCUCAUGUUGAGUAUAAGAGACUUAAGAAAGUUUUAAAGGUGUGCAGGAGUUGUAAAGGAUUUAAUGAUUCUUCCAAAAUUGAGCAAAAUGGGAAUCAUCAUGGGAGCGACUCUGAGUCUGAGUUAUAUCAAUGCCAAUCUUGCUCUUCGUGUGACCAGAUGUUCUUCUCUGAGUUGAUGAAGGAAGCUUCAGAUAUAGCUGGAUGCUUUAGUUCCAGAGCUAGACAUCUCCUGCAUCUUCAUGUUGCUAGGGGAAUGCAGAGAUAUGUAUUGCGUGUACGUCAAUGUUUCAAAAAUGAUCAGCAAGCUAUGUUGGAAGAAGGAAGGAUGUUGAUUGAAUAUGUUACGAUGAACGCAACUGCUAUUCGAAAAAUUCUGAAGAAAUAUGAUAAGGUGCAUGGCUCUGUGAAUGGGAAGAAUUUUAAAUCCAAGAUGAGGGCUGAACAUAUCGAGCUUUUGCAAUCCCCUUGGCUGAUAGAAUUGGGAGCUUUUUAUUUGAAUUUUAAUGGAAUAGAUAAUGGAGAAUCCAUCGAGUCUUCCGGUCAUUUCUCCUGUGAUUUUAAUCCUUCACAGCCUGUGAUGAAGCUCAGCCUUCCGAAUUCUAUAAAGCUAGAAUAUGAUCUGACUUGUGCCAUUUGCUUGGAUACGGUCUUUAAUCCAUACGCUUUAAAUUGCGGUCACCUCUUUUGCAAGUUAUGUGCUUGCUCAGCUGCUUCUGUUUUGAUGUUUGAAGGCCUCAAAGCAGCUAGUCCAGAUUCAAAGUGUCCAAUCUGCAGAGAGGCCGGAGGAUAUGCAAACGCAGUCCACAUGCUUGAACUAGACCUGUUACUUAAAAGAAGGUUCAAAGACUACUGGAAGGAGAGGAUGAACGCCGAGCGUGCGGAGAUGGUGAAGCAAGCUAAGGAGUUCUGGGAGUCACAAACCAAAUUCAUGAUUGGGUACUAUUGAUUGUCAUGUAGUUCGCUUUCCUUAUAAUAUAGUGAAGAAAACAAACGAUUCAAUUACUAGUGUUGUUAACAAUUAUCAUAGGAUGUUUUUGAGACGAUGAUCGGGAUGGUAGACCUGUGAUUGUUGUUUGACCAAUAUUUUGAAGAUUUUUCAAUAAGAGGAUUGAGGAAUACUCAUACAUGUCAUGAUAUUGGAGUU